AUGUGGGCCGGGACUGGGGCGCAGGACGUCUGUUUGCAGGGCCCACACCACAAGGCCGAGCCGAGCCCCGAGAAAGAGCUGUUCCAGGAGUGUGCCCCCUGGGAGCCCAGGGCCUGCUGCUCGGCCGAAACCUCCUUCAGCGCCCACCUGGACGGCUCCCAGCUCUACAACUUCAGCUUCUCCCACUGCGGGCUGCUCCCGCCUGCCUGCCAGCGGCACUUUGCUCGGGCGGCCUGCUUCUACGAGUGUUCACCCAACCUGGGGCCCUGGGUGCGAAAGUGGGGGACUGGAGGGUGGGUGCCGGCCCCAGGCGGUGGUCAGCGUGUGCUGGCCGUCCCCCUGUGCCGAGAGGACUGUGAGCAGUGGUGGCAGGACUGCCGGACGGCCCUCACCUGCAGGUCCCACUGGCACAGCGGCGGCUGGCACUGGAGCAGGGGCCGAAGCCGCUGCCCAGCAGGGGCACCCUGCCGGCCCUUCCCCGCCAUCUUCCCUACGCCUGCCCUCCUGUGUGCGGGGGUGUGGGAUGGUGCCUUCAGGGCCAGCCCCGAGCUCCGGACCAGUGGCCGCUGCCUCCGCAAGUGGUUCCAGCCGGGUCUGGCCAACCCCAACGACGACGUGGCACACCGCCUGACUGACCCUGCUGGACCCCGCGCUGCCCCGCCAAUGCCCCCGGCCGCGAUGCUGCCCCUCGUGCUGUCCUUGCUGCUGUGGCCCUGA